UCAGAUUACCAUCAAGACACUGACUUCAAAAUAAACCAAAAACAAACAGGCUUGUGUUAGGGAGUACUGUAGUGCAGUACCUAAGGUACAGAGGUGACAGGUGGGGACGCGGGCGUUGUCGAGAACCAAAUCUCUGGGUUGUAUCAUCGGCAUAUUCAACAGCAUCACCAACCACAGAACUCAGAGUAGUCCUGCCUGAGCCCGUCACCAUACAGGUCGCUCCAGAUUCGCCAGCCAGCGUUAUGUCGACGGUUCAACUCUCAAGGCUUCUGCCUCUGCCCGAUGAUGAGCUGGAACAGGUACUUCAAUAUGCCUCCACCUUAUCGAAAGCCGAGGCCGUCGACCAUUUCCGCAACCUCCUUGGCGACUCGCCUGAAGUCGUUGAAUUCAUUGCUACAUUCAAUUCGAGGAGGCAAGACCCUAAGCCUUCCAAGUCCAGCUCGUCCAACACUGGUGCUGGCACAGGUCCAUCUUCUGCAUCUCCUGUUGAACCAGUGCCCAAAUUCAACAAGGGCCAGUCCAAGAAGAAAAAGGCACCUUUGCAUACGCCUGCGCCGCGCAGGGUGGUGGAAUCCGGCCCUGCUCCAGGAACUGUCUACAACAAGAAGAAUCUCGAUGAGGACUAUGUUGUUCGACGGCCUAGCCCUGUCGUGGCCCCGACUGUUGCGUCUACCACCAUAAAAACUGUACAUCGUCAAUCUGCAACACCGCCACCACCUGCCCCCAAGUCCCAGUCCGGACAAGGACGGCUGAUAUCUGACUUGCCCGCUCCCAAGUCCAGAUCAACUCCCGGGUCACGGUCCUCCACGCCGGCGCCCAAGACCAAAGUUCAUAUCGCUGGUGGUACUGCGAUGCAUGGUGCCUCUACCGCACUAUCAGAUCUCGAUGACGCCAUCCGCGCGCUUGAGAUGACCACCAACCCAUCCCACACAACUGAUGCCGCCUUACGGAGAUGCAACUGUGUAGCCGCCCGGCACCCUCUCCUGGCUUCUGCCCCGAAUUGCCUCAGCUGUGGUAAAGUCAUCUGUGUUAAGGAAGGUCUUGGCCCCUGUACCUUCUGCGGCACGUCGCUACUGACCUCUGCCGAGAUUCAAUCCAUGAUCCGCGAGCUACGGGACGAACGCGGCAGAGAAAAAAUGGCUAUUGAUCGCCAAGCCCAUAAACGGGCUGAAGUAUCGAAAGCACCGGUACCCUUUUCCAGACCUAGAGAUGCCGCUAGGACACCGAGUGAGGCCGAGACCAAGGCUCUGGAGCAUCGAGAUAGACUACUUGGAUUUCAGGCACAAAAUGCACGUCGUACGACCGUGAGAGACGAAGCAGCCGAAUUCGAUGUCAGCGGUGCUGUGGCUGGGACGGGUGGCAAUAUUUGGGCAACGCCCGAAGAACGUGCCCGAGAACUCAAACGGCAACAGAAGAUACUGCGAGAGAUGGAAUGGAAUGCCCGGCCAGAAUAUGAGAAGCGUCGACAGGUGGUCAGCAUUGAUCUCGUCGGCGGAAAGGUGGUGCGAAAGAUGGCACCAGCUGAACGACCAACGAGUCCCGACGAGCCAGGUGCCGGCCAGGACGACGGGCCAGCCUUGGAGGAGAGAAGUGCGAACCGCGAUAGAGGCGGCGGCGGUGCUUUUAGCAAGAAUCCCCUCCUCGGCGGAUUGAUCAAACCCGUGUUUGAUAUCAAGGGUAAAGGGGCAGCGCAGGAGGGCCGAAAAGCGAAUGCCACGAAGUGGAGGAGAGUGCAAGAUGAUUUGGAUGAUAAUGAGAACCUCAUUCUCGAUGGAGGGGUGUAUGGUCAACCCGGGUUAUCCCUAAACUAAUCUAAACAGAUACGAAAAAUCGAGAACGUUCAUGGCGAGUCUGCUAAAAGAUACCAAACCGGCCUACCAGGGGUGAUGUUACAGAAUCGUAGGCCCAGCAUGUCCUAAGAUUAUAUACCACCCUCGGUCGCUUUCAAUCCCCCGUUUGGUGUUCGAUGCGGAAUCGGUUCGUUGUGAAAAGACGACCCAAGAACAUGUAUGCAACCCGCCUCCUAUACGAACUAGGUAUCCAGGUAAUCAAAAGAUUGGCCGAGGCGGCCUACACGAGGUGCCGACGGAUGGAGGCAUGGAGGCGAUGAGGCUGACCUGGUUCAUGUUUGCUCCCUUGCCGUCCAAUUUCCACUUCACACCACUCUCAGCAGAUAUACCAAUACCGUAUCCGUCUCUCGUCGCGCGUGUUUCACAGCCUCGAGAACAAUACUGAUAUCUACAUCACCUAGGUACUUAUUUACUCGCUUUACACUAGGAGACAUGAACUAAAUUGAUAUUUCAUGCGAGAUGAGAUAUUGACAAGUAGAACCAGAUCCUCAGUUGGCAUAAAAAUUCAAAUACAUGUAUGGGUAUCAUGCUAUGCUAUAUACCUAGGUACCUACCU